GCCACUUCCGCCCGCCGUCAGUUCCGCGCCAUGGCGGCGCUGCGCGGGCUGCGGGCCCCGCUCACUGCGCGCCUCAGGGCCGGGCCCCGCGCCCCGCUCCGCUCCACCGCCUCCGCCCCGCCGCUCUACGAUGUGGUGGUGUCGGGCGGGGGCAUGGUCGGGAGCGCCAUGGCCGCCGUGCUGGGGCAUGACAUCCACUUCCAUGAUAAAAAGAUUGCUUUGCUGGAGGCUGGUCCUAGGAAAGAAUACAGUCACAUGCCAGACAGUUACAGUAACAGGGUCAGUUCCAUCUCCCCAGGAUCAGCAACCCUCCUAAGCAGCUGUGGUGCCUGGGAUCAUGUCUGCAGCCUGAGACUCAAACCAUUCCAGCGAAUGCAGGUGUGGGAUGCUUGUUCAGAAGCCAUGAUCGUUUUUGAGAAAGAUGACUUAGAUGACAUGGGUUACAUAGUGGAGAAUGAUGUCAUUAUGUCUGCUCUCACAAAACAGUUAGAUGCAGUAGCAGACCGGGUGGAGGUGUUCUACAGGAGCAAAGCAGUUGGGUACACCUGGCCCCUUCCUUCCCACAGCUGUGACACAAGCCCUUGGGUCCAAGUUGAGUUAGCUGAUGGACGCAGACUUCAGACCAAGCUGCUGAUUGGUGCGGAUGGCCAUAACUCCAUGGUCCGGAAGGAAGCUGAAAUUAAGAACAUUGAACAUCAGUAUGACCAGUCAGCUGUGGUGGCAACUCUCUAUUUAUCUGAGGCCACAAACAACAAUGUAGCAUGGCAGCGGUUCCUUCCCACCGGGCCAAUUGCGCUUCUUCCGCUAUCUGACACUGCCAGCUCUCUGGUCUGGUCUACAUCUCAUGACCAUGCAGCAGAACUUCUCGCUAUGGAUGAGGAAAGCUUUGUGGAUAGCAUCAACUCUGCCUUUUGGAGCAACAUAAACCACUCUGACUUCAUUGACACUGCUGGGGCCAUGUUCCGUUCUGCCAUUUCGCUCCUGAAGCCCUCAGGGACUGCAGUCCGUCAGCUGCCCCCAAGUGUUGCUAAAGUAGAUCCAGAGAGCCGAGCCAUGUUCCCUCUUGGAAUGGGGCACGCGACAGAGUACGUCCAGCACCGCGUGGCUCUUAUUGGGGAUGCAGCACACAGAGUCCACCCACUUGCAGGACAAGGAGUGAACCUGGGCUUUGGUGACAUUGCAUGUUUAGCUCAUCACCUCAGUGCAGCAGCCUUCAACGGGAGCGAUCUGGGCUCCUUAAAACACCUUCUCAAGUUUGAAACAGAACGACAGAGGCAUAAUGUCUCCUUGAUAGCUGCUACUGAUGUGCUAAAAAGGCUGUACUCUACCACACUGGUUCCUCUGGUGUUGCUGAGGACGUGGGGAUUGCAAGCAACAAAUGCCCUGCCUCCUCUCAAAGAGCAAAUAAUGGCUUUUGCCAGCAAGUGAUCUGUUGUCAGUCUGCCUGUCAGCAGCUUGCCUAUGAAUACACUGCCCUUAAAAGGACUGUGACUGACUUGAAUCUUUGAAUCGUUAUUUUAAUUUACAAUAAAACUGAGCUGUGUAUUACAUCA